CUGGAAUCGGAGAUUCGACUCUUUUGGGAAUCGAUUCCUAGUCCAAUUUCAAGUGGUGAACGGGUUUCCGUUCGCCAAAGGCUGGUGUUGCAACAAAGCCCUCUUUUGUUCGUUGUGUGAAUUUCAGCUCAACUGAAGUGAUAAAGAAACUUUACUGAGACUUCACAGAAACAAUCCAACAGUGGUUAUGUACACAGAUGGAUAACAUGCCCAACGGUGUCACUCUCCAGAAGCAAAUAGCUUCCAUCAUGGACGUGCUCGCCAAAGCCGCGGUGGCAGAAAUAAGCAAAGUCGUGGACGAUGGAGUGGUCAUGCUGCGGCUUGAAAUCUGUGAACGAGAGAACGAAAUCGACUCUUUGAAGAGGAAUCUGCAGAUAGUGUCCAACGAGCUGCGGGCUGCUCGUCGUGCCCUUGUUAGGGAGUGCGUUAGUGGGCGCUCAAAACAGUUUGGAAUCGCUGAAGGUGGUCAAGGGGUCAAAGACAGAAAAGGAACUGAAAGGGAGUCUGGAAAUGAGGAUUUGAAUGGGCCGAGAGAGGAAGUUAGCACUGGGGUAAAGAUUAAGAUUGAACAUGUUGAGGAUGAAGAGCAAGAAGAGCAAGAUACAAGCCAAAAUACGAGGACAGGACUUUCCUUGAAUUCAGGCUCAACUGAGAAUGAACAGCUUAUCCAGGUGUGGUCUACAGAGGAGAACGCAGAAAUACACUCUCCUGAGUUUUUCCAUUCCACACAUGAUCAGUCACAACCCCAGUUAGAUCCUGCUGUCACCAUAGAGAGGAGUUACAAUCCACUCGGUGACAGACUGGAGACAAGAUGCCCAAAUGGAGAUGACACAGUAGCCAGACACAGUGAGCCCUCCACAGAAAGCCUGCAUGUAGCUACGGAAGAGCUACUGAGAGCACAAAAUGGCACUGGCCUUCAGCAGUCCCACUCACACAACACACUCGUUCACCAACAUCCUGAUGAUCAGAGUAACUUCAGCACACUCUGUGUUCCUGGCAGAGGGAGGCCAUUGAAUGGAGGAAUGGACAUGGAUAAGAGACGUUUCCCCUGCAUGUUUUGUGGCAAGAGUUUCGAUCGACUCAGCCAUGUGGAGAGGCAUCAGCGCAUACACACCGGGGAGAAACCUUUCAGCUGCAGGUUAUGUGGCCGAUGCUUCACGCAGAAGAGCAGCCUAAAAAGCCACCUGAAGACUCAUCGAGGAUUUAGCGGUGGGACUGGGGCAGCUUCUGGGUUACCAAAUGAAGAUAACCACUUCAGGAAUGAAUGGAAUAUGGCAGCUCAUUGUGAGGAGCAGAUUGCAUCUCACUCUUACAUAAAUGAUCAAGACACGCAUGCUGAGGAACUGAAUUCACACUCGUCAUGUCUAGGCCAGGAAAGCUCUCACUUCAUUAACAUAGAGGAAGAGAGCGUGGAGCAACUAGACACGGAUCACCAGACGAAUCUAACCAAGCCAAACAGCAGCCCAUCAGGAAGAACCAAGAGCUGUGCUGAUUUCUGUGAGUUGCAAGGCCAUGAUGAUGCAGUGGUUUGUGCACUGGAGGAGGACGCCCUGAAGACUGAGAAUAAAGAGGGGGGUAAAGAUCAGACGUUGAAUCAGACAAAUGAUUUUAGGCCAGAAGACCUUGGGCGUCUCAACUCUGGAUCCGAAAGUGGAAUAGAUGAGGAAAACACACAGACACUGCAUUCCUUAAACACAGCCGGCACUGGAAAAGACUUUGUGGAGCCUGAUUGCACUACUAGGGAUGAGGACACCUCCCAUCACAGCAAGUAUCAAUUAGAAGCUACCUCAACCAUCAUUCACUCAUGGGGACCUCCUGCAGUCACCAGCACCAAGGAUUUUGACAGUAACCAGAUCUAUGUGAAGGAGGAAGAAGAAGAGGAUAGAUCACCCAUGGAUGAAGAGACCAAUCAAGAGAUAUCUUAUUCCAUGCAAUCUGAGGAAUGCAAUGUAGCUUCUCCCAUUGACCACAGUUCUACAGCAGAUUCUCUACGGACUAGAGACACUUUAAUGAUGCCCUCAAAUCCAUUACCUCAAAGACCCAGAGCUUUGAAUGGGGUGCAAAAAAAGCGAGAGAGGCGCUUCCUCUGCGUUCUCUGUGGGAAAAGUUUUGACCGCUUGAGCCACCUGGAUCGUCACCAGCGGAUCCACACUGGAGAGAAGCCCUACAGUUGUGGCACGUGUGGUCGGAGCUUCACUCAGAAGAGCAGUUUGAAGGGCCACAUGCGGACACAUGCACGAGAACGGGCGUUCCACUGUUCUGUCUGUGGAAUCAGCUUCCCCACACGAGCUGGCCGCUACAGGCACUGGUGCAACCAGAAUGACAUGGCAGACUAUUUAAAAUAACACACACAUUCCAGCUGAGGUUCUUCUGAGGUUUGGCUGACAGAAAAUGGCUUUAUGUGAAGUACUUUCUGCAACUCAUCAUUUUACGUAUUACUAUGCCAUCACUCUUUCCCAUAUUAGGCCAUUUUAAACUGCAGUUUCUCAUAUUAAUCCUGCAUAAACCCUCAAUGACAGACAAAAGACAGCUAGUGUGUUAAUAGGUGCAGCCAGCUGUGAUCUCGUAAAGAGAAUACACCUUUGGGGACACCUGCAGUGCUGUUCAGCCAUGCUAACAUAAUAAUCGGACAAUAUUGACAUGCACACCCCAACUUUGAGCUCUGCCACAGUUUAUUACCUCCAUAAUCAAUCUAUGUUCCCACCAACAUUUAGCCCAAAAUUUCUCGUGGCUGUCCCCACAUGUUCUCAUUAAGAGACCACAUCUGGGCCUGUGAGACUAGCACAACAUUAACUAGCAUGUUCCUUGACCUUGAUCUUGGGACAAUUGUGGUUGUUUUCUGUUAUUUCCACAAGAGAUGGUGCUGAUCAAAUAAUAGGUAUCGGGCCGAUAUGAGCAGGAGAUGCUGGAUAGGAUAUCGAAACAGAGCUGUCAUGUAAUGUUAGCUGUGUAUUUUGUUCUAUAGGGUAGUAGAGUGUCUGAGUAAUUUGUGCACGAUUGCCUCAUCUUAAAGGGCCCAUAUUAUGGAAAACUGAAUAAUUCUCACUUUUUUAAAUAGAAGAGCUUGAUGUAGCAUGUAAUCAGAGUUUCAAACCAUACUGUUCACUCUCUGGUCCACAUAGGGAAACUAAGCUGCAAAAACAGCCUGCUUUGAAUAUUUUAUUUUUGUGAUGUCACAAAACCCAGCACAUUUACAUAUAUCCACCUAUUGAGCAGUUUAGCCCUUAAGUGAAAUGUUUCAUUUUAAAUUAAAUUGUUUUGAUGCUUAGAAUUUUUAGAUGUUUUAAAAGACCUUUAUAAAAGUUUGUAAAACAUCAGGUUAGUCUCAGUAUUGGCCGGUGCUGAAUGAUAUCAUUGAUAUCAGUACACACUAAUAAAUAUCAAGAGGAAAACUAGCAUACAUUCCUUCAUAUUGGUAUGAUUGUAAUUUUUAUUCAUUCUCUUUUGAACAAUUAUAUUAUGAAUACAUAUCACACUAUUUCCUAUGUUCUUUUUGAGGGUGAGCUGCAGAAAAAUGUGAGACAUUGUCACAUUUUAGUAAAUGUGUUGUUGCCUCUUAACAGCCAAAUUCAUUUAAAGCCAUUUAGUUAGAGGAAUUUAGUGGAGAUCAAGUAGAUUAGCAAUAUGUGUGCAGCUAGGUACCAUAACUGGACAAAUCCAGAAUGAUAUGUCUUUUUGUUACUGUAACUACAUAUUUCAUGGUUCACAUUUGUUGUUACUCAAAAGACAAAUACUCCAUGAAGAGUCAAAAUGAUUCAGUGUAGCAGAUUGUGAACAAGACUGUGUUUCUACAUAUGCCCAUAAAUGAAAUUAGUGUAACUGUUUCUCUGUUGCCUCUCUUAAUCUUCAGUCACUAAUGCAUGGAUAUUAAACUGUUUCUGUAGGGUUGA